AUGCAGCUGAAGUGGCAAUGCCUGAUGCACAGCAACAGCUGGUCCGCAGGCGACUUCACCAUCUCCACAGUCCCAGUCCCAAGCGAUGACUCCCCGCCGCAAACCCUCUUCCCCGUAGACGGCGACUUCGCCUCCGUCAGCCACCGGCGGCGCAUCCAGGACGCAACAGGCCUGCCCCUCUUCGACAUUGCGCGGAAGCGACUCGGCCAUAUGCUUAAGGAUAAGUUUGACGUGCACCUCUGUAAUACAGCUGGUGGGGACGGUAGGCGGGAAGAGAUUGUUCUCAGUGUGAGGGGUCAGGAUAUUUGCAAGUCGAGAACGCAUGUGUACUAUGGAGAUAGCGUUGGUGAUGACCUCCAAAUUGAAGGAUAUGGUCGCGAUAUAUGCACCGGGGAAGAGGCCGGAGUGUGGGAGAUUGAGGCUGCAAUUAUUGGGGUGCUUCUGGCUGCUAUGCUAUACCAGAGCAGUGUUAAAGGAAAGGCCCCAGAGUCCUUUGGUGAAGGAGAUUCUGCGGUUGGUACAAGUGAGAAGGCUUCUUUGAUGUGA